AUGACUGUAAGUUUAUUAUUUUUUUCUAAAGAAUUUGGGACCAUCUUUACAACAUGUUUCUAAUCGGUCUUUUGACUUCAUAAUUGUCCAAAUUGUGCAAUAACUUAGACUGAAUUUAACAACUUGAUUAGUUGUUCCCAUAAGGAAUAUAAUUGAUAAGAAAUUCAGACUUUUGAAGAAGCUGUUGAGAAGGUGAAGAAUCUGAAGACUUCCCCAAGCAAUGAUGAGCUCCUGGAAGUGUACGCUCUUUUCAAGCAAGCCACCGUCGGAGAUAACACGACUGCCAAACCGGGGCUCUUCGAUCUGAAAGGAAAGGCCAAAUGGGGAGCUUGGGACGCGAAAAAAGGUAGGUAAACUAACUGAACUUUGUAAAGUCUGAUUCAGGGUUGAGUCAGGAUGACGCCAAGGCCAAGUACGUCGCGUUAUACGAAGAGCUGGCUGCUAAGUACGGAGUAAAUUAG